CUGCUGGGACCUGUUUUGCGCGGCUCCUGCCACCUCAAACUCAGCCUAUCUGCUUUUUUCCUGUCUCGUAUAGCCUACCCUUCGUGUUUAACCUUGCCAGUGGAGAGGUUCUUGAAUGUCCGAAUCCAAGUGCCACGCCCGAUCUCAACGGCCUCGCGAUCCAACUGGCCCGCUUCUGGAUGAGAAGGAUGGCCAAGUAACACCUAAACGUAUUAUCUGGGGUCACAGCCUUGAUGACUUUUUUCGCGUUGCUCAUAUCGAGGGGCGGGGUCUCACCACAAUCUGGUCACGAAGUAUGCAAUGGUUUGGAGAGAACUACGGAGAUGAACGGCACAGGUUCGGGCCUCCUCCGAGAAGAAGGAAACCUUGGCCACUUCUGAAACUCCCCAAGCGAAUGAAGGUGGAGAGCAGGAAAUAUGGUUUCGGGGUCGUCGAUCCGGGAUCGGAUUACGAUAGUGAUGAUUACAAUAAGUGCCAUGUGGUCCUUAUUGACGUUGACUCCGAUGACGAGGGGGAAACUAGGCCACUCUCUGGCAGAGAUGCAUUUAGGAAACUUCUCGAAAAGGGAUUUAACAAGGACUGGCCACCAGGUCGAAGCGAAGUCAUCCAAAAGGGCUUAAUAGAGAAGAUUUCUGUAGAGGAUGGACCGAAGCUUGUUGUUUUCAGGGGGGGUAUUAAUGAAGCUUAUUUUCUCGCUAAACUGGACUGCCCUCUUUGUGAAAGCGUUGGAGCACACCUCUGCUCCGAGUGCACCGUUGACCCUCCUCCAGUUAUUUAUGUUUCCCACUUCCAUGCACCAAACCCGUUGUUCAUUAAAGACGACUCGACGGCCUGGUUCGCCGAUCCUGAUAUGCCGUGCAUAUUUAGUGGAGCUCCCAUGCGGGUCCUUAUCACAAUUCAAAAACAAUGGGACGUUAUCAAGGCACCCUCGGAGGAUAGUUCACUCACAGGCGCAUUAGGAAUCAAGAUUCUUAGAUUCCCUGGCGGACACCCGACGUUUUACAUCAUAGAUACGGCAUGUAAGGCAUGCGAAAGGGGGAACUUUUCUGACUGUGAAGUGUGUGGGAAGGACACCACUGAACCUAUCUUUUCCAAGUUUGGUGGAAAGUGGGGGCCUUGGUUUGCGGGUGUGAUUGGAAAUGGAGUGGGAAGGUUGAAUGACUUAGGAGACCUGAAAGAGGGAAGUGACGAUCCAAAACCUGAUGAUGCCCUUGUAGCCAUGUCUCCAGUGGAUUCACCCGAGCCGCCGCUAAAAAGCCCUCCAGGCACUGUCUUGCCGGAAUGCACACCAGCAACUGAGGAGAAUGGACCAGUCCGAUCUCGCCCCAGCCUUGACGAGGAACCACCCGUCGAUUUCGUAGGCGAUUGCCCAGUCCCUGGAGAUGAAAAAGACGAGGAGAGUGACAUAGAUCCAGCAACCAACAUAUGGAAUUUGCAGCUAUCCAAGAUGCCGCCUUCCCUGGAGGAAAACAUCCCGCCCGAAUUCCUUCCUGAUAUACUAAUGGUGGAAGACUGUGGAAACGCCAUUCGUUAUCACUCGUCGCAUGGUGCGCCUAUCUCUGACGAGUACUCCUCGGUCCUUGAUAAGCCGGUCAAAUUCAGACGAGUUUUGCCCUCUCCGGCAGACAAUCCCAAGCAAGGAUCGCCUUCCUUGACGCAAGCGUUGCGCGUGGCAAAACUGGACCUCUCUUUAAACUAUAAGCUGGGGAGGGGGAACCAUUCUGACGUUUAUCUCGUCUCGCUCAGGUUACCUCAUCCACUUUCUGCUCGCACUCCUACUGGAGAAGUCUCAGUUGCUUGCAAAAUGGCGCAUGAUAGGUCUUACAAGGCGCGGCAACUCCUUGAGAACGAAGCGGGGAUAUACGCUUCGUUCCCUGACGCUAUGUCCGAAGGAGGCAAUGGCUAUGUUCUCUUCACUCCCAAAUUCAAGAGCCCUGUCCCUUCUGGUCCUGUGGUCCCGAAAUUCUAUGGUUACUACAAGCCCGUCUACGAUCCAGAGUACUAUGCUGAGGAAGAGAAGGAUCUUGACCAAGUGCUCAAGGAAUGCAUGAAAGCAUUCAUCGAAGGUCUGAGCCCUAUUCUCUUGAUGGAGCACUGUGGAAGUCAGAUCAGUCCAUGGCGGAUGAGUAAUGAUAAUCGGAACAAGUACAUGUCGCUCUUACAUCGAAUGCAUCUUGCAGAUUAUACACACAAGUCCGCUCAUGUUCGUAAUGUCGUAGUCCAACCUGGUCCGCUUACACUCCCCCCGCGGAGUCGUAGUCUGAAAGAUCCUUCGUUCCGCUUGGUCGACUUUGGUCGCACAAUGCACCUAUCUCACUAUAACAAGCAGCGGGGAGCGCCUGCAGGCAGGAAAGGCGACUAUAAUUGGGACUGUGGGCAAGAUGAUGAGUUCCGUGAGCUACAAGGUGAAGUGUGGUGAAUAAAAAUAAAAAAUGCUUCAUCUUGUUUGGCGCUUUUCCAGGCACCUUUUGCUAUCGAUCCACUUUUGCAGAAUGUCCUAAUAUGGCGGAAGUACAAGUCGGUGGCUCUUGCUUCUGUUCACGACUCAGUAAAUCUCUUAGUUGUCUCUCAACCACGGUUUUCACCUUUUCUUGUAAAGUGAGACCGCCUAAAGAUUUGUUGUGUGACUAUUGUGCCAUCUAACUCAUCCUCAUCCUUACUGGAGCGGUUCCGCCUCCGCCACAAUCCGUCCUGUACAUUUCCUUCUUGUCUCAAACGCAAUAAAACCUGCCUUCAGUUUG